AUGUAUCCAUUUGAACCCAAUUCUGUAUCUCACGGCCUUCGAUUCGAAGACAUAAACCUCUAUACUCGCCAGCACAAGCAGCUUAGGGCGACGCUGAAUCCUUUUUGUUCGUUCAUCCUUUCUUCGAUUGGAAAACCGGGUCGCCGUCGUAACCAUGCCGCAAGGGGAUUACAUAGAGCGUCACCGAAGAGACUAUGGCUACCGGCUCGAUCACUUCGAGCGCAAGCGCAAGAAAGAGGCUCGGCAAGUUCACAAGCGCUCCGCAAUGGCUCAGAAGGCCCUUGGUAUCAAGGGGAAGAUUAUUGCCAAGAAAAAUUAUGCUGAAAAAGCGCAGAUGAAGAAGACUUUGGCUAUGCAUGAAGAGUCAACAUCCAGGCGCAAGGCUGAUGAUAAUGUUCAAGAUGGAGCCGUUCCUGCUUAUCUUCUGGAUCGUGAUAACACGGCCAGAGCAAAGGUUCUCAGCAACACCAUUAAGCAAAAGAGGAAAGAGAAGGCUGGAAAGUGGGAUGUUCCUCUACCCAAGGUUCGUCCUGUGGCUGAAGAUGAAAUGUUCAAAGUGGUCCGUACUGGUAAAAGAAAGACCAAGCAAUGGAAGAGGAUGGUUACUAAAGCAACAUUUGUUGGGCCUGGUUUUACCAGGAAGCCUCCAAAGUAUGAGAGAUUCAUUCGUCCAACAGGUUUGCGGUUCACCAAGGCCCAUGUCACUCAUCCAGAACUUAAAUGCACGUUUAAUCUAGAAAUAAUUGGAGUAAAGAAAAAUCCUAACGGCCCUAUGUACACCUCUCUUGGUGUUAUGACCAAGGGAACUAUAAUUGAGGUGAAUGUCAGUGAACUUGGCCUUGUCACACCUGCGGGGAAAGUUGUGUGGGGUAAAUAUGCUCAGGUUACCAAUAAUCCGGAAAAUGAUGGCUGUAUAAAUGCUGUGUUACUUGUUUAAGGUCAUAGCGAUCUACCUUGACUUCAAACGCGGUGGACAAAGUUCUACUCCUAUGCUUUUUGCUGUCUUAUGUCAUGACUGUAUCACUACAACCAAUGUUCGCGGAAAGUUGUCCAUUCUUUGCCGGGGCCUGAGACUUACUUUGUCUGGGGAAACAGUGAAAGCAUUUUUGUUAUCAGAUUGCGAUACUGACAUGUUCUAUCAUUCUUUGGAUAGUCAAUGCUAAUGAUCAGUUCUAGCGCUUGACAUUUUGAGGUAACUGUUGUACAAGAGUCAGACAGGUCGGAUGAAUUUAUAUACUUCAUUUGCAAGACAAGACAUUUUGGGUAGCUGCAUUUAUAUGUUGUGGAACAAAUUUAUAUUAUUUAUUGCCAAUUACCAAAUUUUAUUUAUACACUUUUCCUAAUGGAUGUACCAAACAAACAUUUUACACAAUUUGGACCUUCAAUUGUUAAUG